AUCGAACAUAUUUGAACAGAGGCGAGAUUGGGUGGGACUUUUCGGAUAAAGUUUCACCUUUUAUCGAUCCUCGCAGUUGAGACUCGAUCUAGUGUCCACCUGGUUCUAGAAGGUUCUCGGCGGUUCUAGAAGGCAAGGAUCUACAUCUACUUCUACAGCUCUUUAAUCUUGUGGAAAAGACCGAUCUCGUGGCCUCUGCUAGGCGUUGCUUAAGGGACCCGCGAUUUUCCAGCAACCGGAGGAGCCGUUUUCUGCACGUUUACUGUCAAAAACAGAUUUUAUUCGGAAUUGUUUUUAACACUUACUAAUAAUGGCUCGUUGGGGCGAAGGAGAUCCCAGGUGGAUCGUAGAGGAGAGGCCUGAUGCCACUAAUGUUAACAACUGGCAUUGGACGGAGAAAAACGCCUGUUCUUGGUCACAGGACAAGCUGAAAGAGCUUCUGCUCAAUUUGAAAAUCGAGUCUGACCUCGCUCUCUGCACAGUGACCGAAAUGGACAGGAUCGAGGGCGAGGCAGUUGCAAACAACAGAAAAGGUAAACUGAUUUUCUUCUACGAAUGGGAUAUGACUCUUACCUGGAAGGGAAGGCUGAAAGGCGGUACAAAAGAGUGCGAAGGGAAAAUUCAAAUCCCUAAUCUCAGCGAGGAAAAUGAUAUUUCUGAAGUUGAGGUCACAUUCACCUUAAAAGAAUCCUCCGAUGAGGGCGAUGUCUUGAAAGAGUUCCUUCGUCAUCAAGGUCAAGAAGUCGUCAGGGAGAAGCUUAAAGCAUAUGUUGCUUCAUUAAAAGAAGAAUUUUCUAAAGGGAUGAUAUUGCCAAAAAAAGGUUCUGAGGAUGAGCACAAAGAGCAAAUGACUAUUCUUUCAUCUGGUUUCUCAGCAAAGAUGCAGAUGAACAAUAUUCAAAGUUCCAUCAAUAACAAGAUCAAGACGAAUACGAAGGAGUUAAAAAAUCUUAAAGAUACUCAGGUCUUUCAGUGUACAGGCGAGGAUUUUUAUAGGGCGAUGACAACGCCAGAAAUGGUCUGUGCGUUCACAAACGGCCCGUCCGUCGUCGAAGCCAGGAACGGAGGGAAAUUCUCCCUCUUCGGUGGAAAUAUAUACGGCGAAUUUCUCGAAUUAGUACCUAAUAAAAAAAUCGUACAGAAAUGGAGGCUGAAAAGUUGGCCUGACGAUCAUUUCUCGACGGUUACACUCAUCAUCGAUCAACAAGAAGAUCACACAGUCGUUAAAGUAAACCAAGCAGGGAUUCCACAAAGUGAUGUUGAAAGAACAAAAGAAAACUGGACUCGGUAUUACUGGGAUGCAAUAAAAAGGACUUUUGGAUGGGGAUACUUCAUGUGAUCCUCCUAUAGAGAUAAUUGAGUAAGUUAGGCCAAGGAGUGGAGACUUACGAUGAACUUGAGUAUGCAAAUAUUUAAUAUUUCAUACAAUAAGGUGGGUGAUUUGGUUUCCCCGAUGCUUGUCGGUAUUUCUGAAAGUGAAGAAGAAACAUCUUAGCUUAACUUAAACCAUUUUUAUACAAAUAUAAUAAGUAAUGAGCA